AUGAACAGUGACACGGUAGACUCUCGCAAUCGUAAUGCUGCGUACGAAAGAUAUGCCCCCCAUCUUUCGGAAUUCUAUUCCAUGGUCAGUGACCAAAAGGGUGUACCUGAAUCCAACAACGUUGAAGAAACAGAAGCUGUUAUAUUACAAUCACCUGCAAGGAUUAGUUCUGCGUCUGCAAUGCUAGGAGCGAGACGUGCGUCGUCUUUAAGAUCUGGAAUGAGUUCUGUCUCGGAAUUGCAAACAUUGGUAACCCAGAAAGAUAUGGGCCAAACAGUUGAUGUAAUGUCUCAGGUGUUAUCGAGCAUUAAUGCUUAUUCAGAAGAAUUACGAACCGUAUCACAACGUGCGAGUAUGGUUGCAGUUUCUUUAGAACAAAUGGCAAGGUUAAAGGGCUGCAAUGACGCCACAGCAGAGAAAUAUUUGAGUUCAAGUGGACUUUUCCACGUUAUGGCCAAUCACCAACGCAUAAUGUCAGAAUGCAUAGCUACGACCAUGGGGGCCACUUUGGCAGAGCGCAUAGAAGAUUUCAAGUAUAAAAGGCGAGUACAAGAGGCCCGAUUCAAGCAAGAGUUCCAAGGGGAGACACGUAAGCUUAAAUUACAAGAGAAGUUCAACCAGAAAUUCGCACAGAGGAAGACUCGCAACUUGGUCUCAUAUCGAGAAAAUUUGGCCAAUUUACAAUUGCAAUUGGACGAAAUAGAAACCCUCAAACACAAAUAUUAUCAGGACUCAUACGAUUUGGUCCAAGCCACUUGCGCAGAUGUUUUAAAAGACGUGGCAACGGUUUCGCGUGCCCAAGUCGAAAUAAGUGAAAAUAUAGCGAGAAAGGGUUGGUCAGGUGGAGGACUUGACGAGCUUAUGAUCGAUGCGGACGAUCCGUUCAAUAAGAAUACCAGCAACGCGGACCAGUCCGAUGAAAGCGACAAAUUGGGCUCUCACAUGAGCAGUUUCAAUACUCCGUUCUCUACUCGAGAACGAUCAACUCCAAUAUCUACGGGCGUACGCAUGCAAACCGAAAGCCCGGUAAAUAGGUCGGGAGACCUGGAAGACGCAGACGACACUUUUGACAAUUCCUUCUCCUUGCCAGCUCCAGGAGCAAAUAUAAACGGCAGUUACGGCGAGUCUCAUAGCGAUAAAGACGACGCUCGAGAGUCCAAUCAUAGCCAAGGCGCCGAUGACGAUCAGCCGAAAAUACUUGAUGGUAUAAACGGACCUGUGACAUAA